AUGCCAUCUUCCAUUUUGCUCCGUGGAGGGACAGUCUUGACUCAUGAUGAGAAUGACCACGUCGUCUCCCUUGUUGACACGGAUAUACUCAUCGACAAUGACACCAUCUCGAAAAUUGGACGACAAAUACCAAUAUCGCCUGACCAGACUGUUGAGGUCAUCGACUGCAAGGGCAAGAUUGUUUCCCCUGGAUUUAUCGACACUCACCACCAUCUUUGGCAAACACAACUGAAAGGAAGACAUGCAGAUCAUGGCUUGGUUGAAUACAUGGUCAAAGGAUAUAUGAUGGGUUAUACCUACUCCCCAGCUGAUACCUAUUGGGGACAGCUUUCUGGCUGUCUCGAGGCGAUCAACUCAGGAACAACGACUGUGCUAGACCAUGCACAUAUCGCUUACAGUGCUGAGCAUGCAAACUCGGCCUUGAAUGCAACAAUAGAUUCUGGGCUCCGGUCGAUAUUCGCCGGUCAGGUUCCAGUCCGCCUCUCACAUUGGGAUGAGAAAACUUGCGACAUCAAUACUGAGUUUUUGCCCGAGUGGUCAUUAGAUCAGCUUUCCGAGCUUGCAUCGAAACACAAUCGAGACCCGAAGAGUAGGGUCGAGGUAGGCUUGGGCUUUGAUGCUUGGUUUCUUCCAAAGGAUCUGGUCCUUGGGGCUUUCCAAAAGCUGAAAGGCAAUGGUGUCAGACUGGUCACCUCACAUGUAACGAGGAAUGCCUUCUUUGGUCUCCAGUCUACUAUUCCAUUGAUGGACUCGUAUGGCUUACUCCGUGAGCCGUAUUCAGAAGACGCAGGCGACGGCAAGACCCUACCAUUUUUGCACCUAAGCCACUGCAAUAAUAUACCAGAGGAGGACCUUAAGAGACUUGUCGCUACAGGGACUCCCGUCUCAAGCACACCAGACACUGAGGCACAGAUGGCUCUGGGCCAUCCAGUAGCUUUGCACCUGGCUUUCAGAUCGGCCACCACGACCUCAAAUGCUGGGCUCGGGAUCGACUGUCACACCAACAACCCCAGUAGCAUCCUGCUCCAAGCUCGAACUCUUCUCAACGUGGCCCGAGCUCAGCACAAUGACCUUCUUCUCAAAGAAGACAAAUUUCCUGUUGCAGAUGUCUUGAGCUCGACGGAAAAAGUCUUCAAUCUUGCCACGAUCCGAGGAGCCCGAAGUCUGGGAAUCCACAACAAGGUCGGCAGUAUCCUAGAAGGCAAAAAGGCCGACUUGGUCAUCUUCGAUGCUGAAAACAGUGUGGGCAUGUUGUCUGCGACUGAGUUCGAUCCACUCGUGAGUGUCGUUCGCUUCAGCGAAGCUGCGGAUAUUGAAUUCGUCAUCGUUGAUGGAAAGGUGAGAAAGCGGAACGGGAAAUUGGUAGAUGUCGAGAGCAGUGUCAACCAGAACGAAGAUUCUACCGCCUUGAAAUGGUCAGAUGUCGCAAAGAAGGUUCGAGAGAGCCAGAAGGAGAUACAAGAGAGGAUCAAGCUAUUGAACACGGAUGUAGGGAGAGAGUCACUCCUCAAGGCAUUCCACGUCGACGAGACCAGGCUUGUGGAUGGUGCAGUUUGA